AUGAACGACUCUAGGAAAUCUCACACCUCUACCCUACCCACAGCCGACUUCACUCAUGGUGAAGCAGUAUACUGUCCUUUCUCUACAGUCACUGCUGCUUUCUUUCACCAUGCUUGUGUCAUUCCCUCUGUCAAAGCCAUCAGGGAUCUCUCUACUGACACAGAAAGAGUGCUCACAUACCGGGAGCUAGCUAUUCAUGUCCAAUCACUUGCAAGUCGUCUUCGAAGAUUGGGCGUCGGCCCUCACCAAUCCGUCCCACUAGUCGUCAAGCGAGGGGCUGAGAUGGUGAUUGGUAUAUUAGCUAUUCUGUCAUGUGGUGCACAAUACGUUCCCCUUGAUGGUGGCGUGGUUCCCGAUUCUACUAUCAAGUAUGUUGCAGAACAAUGUGGCGGACAAAACGUUCUCUGCAUCUCAUCCACCGAAGAUCGCAUCCGAAAGCUUCUGCCCGAACUCAGCCCUAUAGUUAUUGAGCAAACAAAAAUCCCAGAUGACGAGGAUAUCGCACCGGAUGCUUGGAUUGAUCUUGCAUCGCCUGAUGCAGGAUGCUACGUUAUCUACACAUCUGGAACUACCGGAAAGCCAAAAGGUGUCGAUGUUACGCACAAAAAUGUCACCAACUUGGUGUGUCUGUCUCCCGGAGGUUUGGGUGUCCAGCCGGGAAUGUCUGUUGGCCAAGUUCUCAACAUCAGCUUCGAUAUGGCGGCUUGGGAAAUCUUUUCCUGUCUGUGUAAUGGUGGCACUCUUAUUCUGAGAGGUUCAAACUGGGAACCAACAAUACGCGAGCUCGAUGUCCUCAUUUGUACCCCAACCAUCUUAUCAAAGUAUCAUCCCAAGCUGUAUCCCAAGAUCAAGACUGUUGCCACCGCUGGAGAACCGACUUCGCAGGAUCUUGCCGACCUCUGGGCAACACACGCAACGUACUGGAACUGUUGCGGGCCCACCGAAACAACCAUUGUAAAUACAAUGUCGAAGCAUGUCGCUGGUGAACCUAUUUCCAUUGGCCGGCCGACCCCCAACAACUCGGUUUACAUUUUAGACAAAGACGGCCGACCCGUUCCCUUGGGUGUGGCUGGUGUGAUGUGGGCAGGCGGCCACGGCGUAACUCGUGGCUACGUGGGUCUUGAAUCCAAGACAAAGGAGACUUACAUUCCAGAUCCAUUUGCGAACGAUGGAUCGAACAUGUAUUGCACGGGCGACCUCGGGAGGUGGAGAGCUGAUGGUAAUAUUGACAUCCUCGGCCGAGUCGAUGAUCAGGUCAAGGUCAAGGGCUUCCGAGUGGAACUUGACGGCAUCUCAACUUCAUUGGCUUCCGCCCCUGGAGUAACCCGCGCAGCAACACUUCUGAUCAAGGGAGACAUACAUGGGUUCACAACCCCAUUAGGGCAAGAUGUGGAAUCGAUCCUCGCUCACACGAGAAAAUCGCAGCCCUACUACGCCAUUCCGUCCAAGAUUCACCAACUCGAAGUGUUCCCGACCACGGCAAAUGGCAAGAUUGACAAGAACGCACUGCGUCUUAUGGCAGUUGCACCUGAGCCAAUCGAAAAGGCAGAAAACUACGACGUGGAAGCAGCCAUCGGUAGCGACCAGAGUACCCUGGCCGAGGUUAGAUCAGUAUCCUCGUCCUCUACCUUUACAGUUUCGGAAGGGGAGAAGCUCGACCUCACAAGGGAGAUCCCAGACAAGAAACUCCCCAAACAUUUACGAGGCUUCCGACAUCGCAUUGCUAUUGUUUACCGAUCUCUUUUUAGUAUUAUUGGGCUUCUCAAUGUCGGUGCCCUCAUCGCCCUACUUUUGGUAAAUGCAGAACCAGAAUGGUUGGCCACUCUCACUGCCGCCAACUUGGUGCUUGCGGUGUUGGUCCGUCAGGACGUGGUCAUCAACAUUCUAUAUACAAUUACCUGCUCUCUUCCCAAAUCCGCGCCUCUCUGGAUGAGGAAGCGUUUUGCAAAGAUUUACCAUCUUGGUGGCCUCCAUUCCGGCGCUGGAGUGUGCGCUACCUCGUGGCUUCUCGGAUCCACAUUCCGGUCAACAGUUGCGUAUACGCAAAACAAGACGAAUGACUCGAUUGCAACUCUGGUGGUUUCAUGGAUGUUGUGUGUUAUAUGCUGCGGCUUGGUUGGAUUUGCCUAUCCUACAUUCCGGAAGAAGUACCAUGACCAGUUUGAGCGGAUCCAUCGGUUCGUUGGCUGGACGGCCCUGGCUCUAUUUUGGGUGCGAACCAUGUUGUCGGUCCGCGACGUUACACCUGCCGGUGAAGACUUUGGUCUUGCGUUGGUCAAAACACCAGGAUUUUGGAUGCUUGGUGUGGCCACCUGCAGCAUUGCCUCGUCUUGGUUCUGGUUGCGCAAGGUCCCUGUCAAUGCCGUUCCGCUCUCUGAUCACGCCAUAGUUCUGUCGUUUGACUACACAGUUCCCGUCAACGGCAGCUUCACGCGCAUUUCGAAAAGACCACUUCUUGAGUGGCACUCUUUUGCUACCAUUCCGGCCUCAGAACCUACAAUGAUUGCGGACAAGCCUGGGUACUCUCUCGUCGUUUCAAACGCUGGUGACUGGACAAAGGAUUGUAUCCGCAACCCGCCUACCCAGCUGUGGGUGCGCGGCCUACCAACCUGCGGCGUAAUGAGAAUUGCUACAUUGUUUAAUCGUAUUGUCAUCAUCGCCACCGGCUCUGGAAUUGGCCCGUUACUCGGCCACAUUGGCCAACCCAGUUGCCCAACCCAGCUCAUUUGGUCGACUCCUAAUCCCGAGAAGACAUUUGGAAAGAAGGUUCUCGACACCAUUUAUGGAUCUAUUCCAGAUGCAGUCAUUCACGAUACGAAGCAAAAAGGUCGCCCAGACUUGGUAAAGAUGGGCUAUAAUUUGGUUAAAGACUUUCGAGCCGAAGCUGUAAUUAUUAUUGCUAAUGAAAAGAUUACCAAGAAGGUAGUCUACGGUCUCGAAACUCGGGGGGUUCCCGCUUAUGGCGCCAUCUGGGACAGUUAA